CAUCAUCAUCAUCCACUGCUACUAGUUACAGCCUGCCGGAUUACUGCGCCCUUACGCCGUUUUGAAAAUAACCCAGAUAUCGUGCUAUUAUCAACUCGAUUAAUAUUUUCUAUCCAUUCACCCAACGUUCUCAAGUGAUUUUAAUAGUGGUCUACUUCUUCCAUUCCUCUGGUUUCUCCAUAGUGUGAAAAUGUUUUACACUUGCGGCCCCAAUGAAGCAAUGGUGGUGUCGGGUUUCUGCCGCUCUCCACCAGUCAUGAUCUCUGGUGGGAGAGUGUUUGUUUUCCCAUGCAUUCAGCAGAUACAAAGGAUCUCUUUGAACACACUGACGCUGAAUGUAAAGAGUGAUAAAGUCUACACACGUCAUGGAGUGCCCGUCUCGGUCACUGGAAUCGCACAGAUGAAGAUUCAAGGGCAGAAUAAGCAGAUGUUGGCUGCAGCAUGUCAGAUGUUUCUGGGAAAGUCAGAGGGUGAGAUUGCCCACAUCGCCUUGGAAACACUGGAGGGUCACCAGAGAGCCAUCAUUGCUCACCUGACUGUGGAGGAGAUCUACAAAGACCGCAAGAAGUUCUCCGAGCAGGUGUUCAAGGUGGCUUCAUCCGACCUUGUCAACAUGGGCAUCAGCGUGGUCAGCUACACACUCAAAGACGUUCAUGAUGACCAGGAUUACCUGCACUCUUUGGGAAAGGCCCGUACGGCACAAGUGCAGAAGGAUGCGCGGAUUGGAGAAGCCAAGAACAAAAGAGAUGCAGUGAUCAGGGAGGCCAAUGCUAUACAGGAGAAGGUAUCUGCUCAGUACAUGAAUGAGAUCGAGAUGGCUAAGGCUCAGAGAGACUACGAGCUAAAGAAGGCGGUCUACGACAUUGAGGUCUUCACCAAAAAUGCGGAGUCUGAAAUGGCCUAUCAGCUCCAGGUGGCGAAGACAAAGCAGCAGAUCGAGGAGGAGAAGAUGCAGGUGAUGGUGGUGGAGCGCUCGCAGCAAAUCAUGCUGCAAGAACAGGAGAUCACACGCAAGGAGAAAGAGCUGGAGGCCAAAGUCAAGAAACCAGCCGAGGCCGAACGAUACCGACUGGAGAAACUGGCGGAAGCCGAACGUCUUCAGCUAAUCAUGGAGGCAGAAGCUGAGGCCGAAUCUAUCAAAAUGAGAGGAGAGGCCGAAGCAUACGCUGUGGAGGCUAGAGGUCGUGCCGAGGCCGAGCAGAUGGCGAAGAAGGCCGAGGCCUUCCAGAACUACAAGGAAGGAGCGAUGGUGGACAUGCUGCUGGAGAAACUGCCGCUGAUGGCAGAGGAGAUCAGUAAGCCCCUGUCAGCUACCAAUAAGGUCACCAUGGUUUCCAGUGGAGGUUCAGAGAUCGGUGCAGCCAAGCUGACAGGUGAAGUGCUUGACAUCAUGACCAGACUGCCCGAAACCAUUGAGAAACUAACUGGGGUCAGCAUUUCCCAGGUGGCCCGAACUGGUUGAAGAAAUUCUCCAACAUUUUCUCUCCACUAUCUGUGACAAUUCAUUUCUUCUCCUUUUAUCUUCCACACUGCAUCUCUUUUGUUUUCCCUUUCCCAUCUUUCUCUCUCGACGUACACUUCCUGUCUGUCUUGCCUUGCUGACAAAACCCAAAGUGCAUUUUAAUCUAAAACUCCAGGGAAGAAUGCUGUUCUUUAUAUUUUUAAUGCAAUCAUAAGAAGACAGUGAAGUCCAAGGAUCUGUCGAAUGCCAUUACACACCGACACUUUUGACAUUUUGAAAUGUUACACCUUUAGUUUUUCUUGUAGAGUACUUUUUAAUGCUGGUAGUGCACUAUGAGCAUUUCGUUAUAUUUGCAUUAGUUACUUUCCAUUAGUAACCUUUUGGAAGCCAAAGUAACAUGAAGGGAAACACAUUUAUAAGGACUGAUGCUGACGUGUCAUUUGUUUCUGUGGGUUGAAUAGGAUAUACAUUCACUUUACCUCAAAAGUGUAUUUUCACUAUAUUAGUUGGACAUAAUCGUGUAGGAAUUAUAGUAAUUAUCUGCUUCAAAUGGUAUACUGUGCUCUGAAAUCUGAAGAUACUGCCAAUAAUGUCAGAUCUUCAUUAUCUGUGUUUGUGUUUACUCAAGUGAACAGUCUCAGAUGUCUUUAUGUGUUAUGCAGAAUUAUAGGUCGGUAAUUAUUCUAUUAGUAACUUAUUUAUUUCUCAAAUAUCAUUUGAAGGGUUUUUUUGUAUAGUUUGAAGUGUUUUCAUGCAUGACUGAAGGGUGCGAUUAUAUUUAUACAUCUGUACUGUUUUGUCCUAAAGCAGAUGUUGAAAAUGAUCAUGACCAUGUCUAGGACUUGACAUUACAGGAAAACGUAUUUGUUACAUCUUUAGACAGUUCUGUUCAUUAAAUGAGACAGAAGCUGAAUGCUUGUCAACGUAAUUUCAAAGUUGAGUCAUAAAAACGGGGGAUUUUAAAGGGGUCAUCGGAUGCCCAUUUUCCACAAGUUGA